GACUUUUAGAUUGUACACAAUACAGUAGGAUUACUUCAAAGUUCAGUAAGAUAAAAGUGAAACUAUAUAGCACUCGUAGAAUGCUAUUUAUUGUAAGCUCCGAUAAAUAGAUAUGUGAUUUUCUUACGUAUCGCUUAGUUUUAGUUAGAAUGAAGCCUGCCUCACAUCUGUUUAUGCAAGGAUAGAGCACCAUAUUUUACUAAUUUUCAAAUUGAAAAACGUGGAAAGAUAAUUUGAAUAAUGGCGUCCCCGUCCAAGCAGAGGUUCAAAAGGCAAUCAUGGUACAGGCGCCUCAUGCACAAGAGAUUGCCCAUUACAAAAUGGCUGCCCGAAUAUAAUUCGGAGAAAGCCCUGGCAGACAUUAUAGCGGGUAUUACAGUGGGACUAACAGUAAUUCCACAGGCUCUGGCUUAUGCGACUCUGGCUGGCUUGCCACCUCAGUACGGUCUCUAUUCUUCAUUUAUGGGAUGCUUUAUUUACAUCAUUUUCGGAUCUUGUAAGGAUAUUACAUUAGGACCGACAGCGUUACUAGCUCUCAUGACCUAUGAACAAAUACAAGGACGAAACUUCGACUAUGCUAUCCUACUAUGCUUCCUAACCGGCAUAGUUCAGUUGAUAAUGGGAAUACUGCAUUUGGGUGUAUUGAUAGACUUCAUCUCCGUGCCCGUCACGGUCGGUUUCACAUCGGCGACUUCUGUCAUAAUUGCCGUCUCGCAAUUGAAAGGUUUAUUGGGCCUGCAAUUUCAGUCGAGGGGUUUUAUUGAUACGCUCAAAAAGAUUCUCGUGAAUGUUCCCAACGCAAAGUUGGCGGACAGCGUCUUGGGAGUAACAUGUAUAAUCAUUUUACUUGUAAUGAGGAAAAUUAAGGACAUAAAUUUGCCCGCGCAUCAAAAGGGGCUUAAGAAGGCAUUGUGGCUUUUCUCAACAUCAAGAAACGCUAUAAUCGUUCUGAUAUGUUCUGUCAUGGCUUAUGUUUGGGAAGCUCAUUCGAAAUCGCCGUUCAAACUGACCGGCACUGUCAAAGAUGGUCUCCCGCCAUGGAACCUGCCUCCUUUCAGCACAGUCGUGGAUGGAAGGAACGUAACUUUCAUAGAGAUGUGCUCAGAACUCGGCUCCUCUAUAGUCCUUGUGCCUAUUAUUGGUGUGUUGGGAAACGUUGCCAUUGCCAAAGCGUUUGCAAGUGGUGAAUCGGUGGACGCGACGCAAGAAUUGAUAACUCUUUCGUUCGCAAACAUUUUGGGUUCAUUCCUUAGCGCGAUGCCAAUCACGGGCUCGUUUUCAAGGAGUGCUGUGAACCACGCUAGCGGUGUUGCCACACAAUUCGGAAGUCUUUAUACAGGUAUUCUAGUGAUUUUAGCUCUUAGUCUUCUCACCCCCUACUUCUACUACAUUCCAAAGGCAUCGCUCGCCGCUGUCAUUAUUUGUGCUGUGAUAUUUAUGAUCGAGUAUGAGGUAGUGAAACCAAUGUGGCGGUCGCGUCGUGCGGACCUAGUGCCGGCGUUCGCCACGUUCGCGCUCUGCCUCGUGGUUGGAGUCGAAUUGGGCAUCGUUGCGGGCGUGCUACUGAACGUUGUGCUACUGCUGUAUCCCAGUGCCAGGCCGCAAUUGGACGCUGAGAUUGUCACAAACAACUCAGGUUUGAACUAUCUGCUGAUAACAGUGGGAAAUAGCCUGUACUUCCCCGGGGUGGAAUACAUUCGCCAAUAUGUGACGCGGACCGCUAGCAACCAAGGCGGUAAUAUGCCAGUGGUUAUUGAUUGCCGAUAUGUGCUUGGUGCGGACUUCACAGCGGCCAAGGGCCUGUGCGCACUGUCGAACGCGCUGUCGUCCCGCGGGCAGCCGCUGGUGCUGCUGUCGCCGCGCGCCAGCGUCGCCGCAGUGUUCAGCGGGGCCGGCUCCAGCGUGCUCGUCGUGCUCAACGCCGACGAGUUGGACCUCACCUUACAAGAAUUAACGGGCCAAAUUCCCCUCCCAGUGAUAAAGGACGGUGAAAUGAAAAGAAUCACUCCGCCACCCACUUAUACCUCGUUAGCAACAGAAGAAUCGCUGGAAGUCGUGAUCUCAGACGAUAGAAAUAACACGCCCUUAUUGAGUGCCGUAAAUAGGAAAAAAGUUAGUGAAGUAGACGAUACCUAGUGAGCUAUAAGUAGUAUAUACAGUCCAGUACCUAUGUGACGUAGAUUAGAUAGAACUUUGUUAGGAAGGCCAAGGAAUGCUAUUUAAAAUAAGAACCAGGGUUUGUAGGUAGUUUUUAAAACAGUUAAGUGUACAAUUGUUAUUUAUGUGAGUUUUUGUAAUCUGUAUGAGCCUUAAAGCUCUGGAACUCUUUUUAUAUUUGGUUCGUAAAGCACUAACGAGCAAAAAUGACAAUAUUUAUUCGUCUAAGGUGAUAUUGUGAAAUUCCUAUAAAACUGCCUGUGGACAAAACUUAGCAUUACUUUUGAUUGCACAGUGCAAUACAAAAUAAUUAGUCCUCGUCGGUCUUAGACCAGUAGUACGUAAAUAAAAUACCUAACAAAUGUGUUAUGAUAACGCAGUUAAUUAAUUUCUAAGUUUCUGUAGUACAAGAUAGCAAUGGUGAUGGUUUUGCACAGUGAACAGAUAAAGAGGUUAGAGGACCUUGUAGGCGUGAUGGGCGCCGGUCAUAUUUUAAAACGCUUAUAAUAUGAUCAUUUUCGUAUAUAUCAACACAUUGUCUGUUUGUUGACAGCAAAGACACAAUGACAAUAAAAUAUAUACAUUGCUUGCAAUGUAUGGGUACCAUCUUGUACUAAACAAGCGAUCGCGCAUUAUAGUGCGUUCAUUGCGCUUCAUUCGCGAAUGCCGAGUGUAGUGGAAGAACACAUGUGAU